AUGGGCAAGUCUUUCUUCUCAAGCAGUCGAAGCAACUCUUCCUCGGAGCUCAAUGGAGACAAGGCACCUUCCGUUACCGAUGUCGACGCCAUGUCUGUCAAGAAUGCUGAACCAGGAACCACAGGUCAAUUCAAGGAAUUUAUCAAAACCGUCAUCAGCUUCACGGGUGAUCUCUCGUCGCUCACUUGCCCUGCGUUCUUCUUGAACGGUCUAUCGCUGCUGGAAUAUGGAACCUAUUGGGGUGAUCAUCCAACUCUUUUCUCGCCCAUUGCUGCUGCUGAGGACCCUGCUGAACGAAUGUUGGCUGUGGCUCGUUGGUUUAUGUCGACUCUUUGGGGUAGCUACGCCUCACGCUGUACCAAUGGUCAAAAUGAAAAGAAGCCAUACAACCCAAUUCUUGGCGAACAAUUCCAUUGCAAGUUAGGCGACAUUGAUUGUAUUUGUGAACAAGUGUGCCACCACCCCCCAAUCUCUGCAUUCUAUCUCCAAGAUGAAAAGGCUGGUGUUUCUUUAAAUGGCCACUGUGGUCAAAAGUCUCGAUUCAAGGGCACCAGCAUCAAGGUUGAGCAAGUAGGACGUGCUGUGCUCUAUGUCAAGAAAUACGACGAGCAAUAUGUGAUUGAUUUCCCCGACUUGAUGAUCCGAGGAUUUUUGACUGGUGCUGCUUACCUUGAAUUGAGUGGUGUUUGUACAAUUGCGUGCUCCAACGGUGUGACCAAUACGACCAUCGAGUUUGUGCCUAAGCCUUGGUUUGGCGGUGAGCACAAUCACAUUAAGGGAGUGGUAUCAUCCAAUGGUGAAGAGCGUUACACCCUUUCGGGUCGAUGGAGCCACCAGACGUUUUAUACAACCAAGGGCGAGAGUGAGAAGCAGCUCUUGUUCAAUGCUGAAGCUGAACCGAUGGCCAAGCGUGUUACCCCACCUCUUGAACAACAACAAGAUAUCGAAUCCCAUCGAUUGUGGGGCCCUGUCACUGAAGCACUCAAGGCCAAAAACUAUAGUGUGGCUAAUGCUGAAAAGAACAAGAUCGAAGAAUGGCAACGUAAGGUGCGGAAAGAGCGAGCUGAACGCAAAGAAACAUGGAAGCCGGAUCUUUUCAAGUUUGUGGAGGAUGAGAAUGCUUCGGAUGAAUACACCAAACGCAACGUUGCUAUGCUCAAGUCGAUGAAACGCAAAAAUCUGCUUGAUGUUGGUGCUUGGACCUACAAGGAUUCCUUACAUUAUCGCAAGGAUUAG